GAGUCUGUUGUACACAGAGGCACAGAGGAGACACGCAGGAGCACUGUCACUGGUGGACUUGAAAGACCAAAAAUGAAGAUUAUCCUGGUUCCCCUGCUAGUUGUUUGUCUUGAUGUCACUUCAGUUGUUGCAUUAGACUGCUAUGUGUGUCCAUCGACAUCUACCAAUGAAGAUUGCAACAAGAACACACAGAGCUGUCAGGCCCCCCUGGACACAUGCAUGACAACUGUAGUCACUUCAGGCAACAUCAAGGCCAUUGUAAAAGCGUGCAUGAGCAAGACCACCUGCUCUGCGGCCGCGUCCGGUUCCAGUGUGGACUCGUCUGGGAACCGCAACCAGGUGACCUGCUGCCAGACGAACCUGUGCAACGCCAAUGGCUCCACCACAGCCAGGCUCAGCUCUCUGCUGCUGGCCCUGCCCCUGAGCUCACUGUUCCUCCUGAGCAAAACCUGACAGCAGAGAGCAGGCACCUGAGCUCAGACUGCCUGCAGUACGAUAACCCCCGAGCUACUGUUUUAACUCCAUAUUUGAAGCCAAAAAAAUGCUAUUCGGUGUCACGUAAAUUAACAAGUCAUUAGAUGAUCUAUUAAUAGCUGCAAUUGUGCAGCAGGAUGUUGAAAGACCCUACAGCUCUAUCUGUCUCUAUUCCAUCACUAUGUCUGAGUACAACAGAGAAAAGUGCUUGUCUAAUUGUAGUUAAAAAGAUUUUUCUGAGUGUUUCAUAAAAUAAACCAUGUUAACUAUUAUUUCCUAUUCCUGAUCUUAUGUUUAGAUGAACUGCUUACACAAAGAGAAACGUGGAAAGAUUAAAACCAGGAGCAGUAGAUGACUAACACACUUUGUAAAAUUGAUAUGUAUGAUAAGUGACAACAAAACAU